CAUAACAUUUUAUAUCAUAUUGUUUUUCAGGUACCAUUACUUCUUGCAGUUGAAAAAUGAUGUUAUUGAAGGAAGAAUCAGUUGUGAUGCCAAACAAGCUGUUCUUUUGGCUAGCUACAGUAUGCAAGCUGAGUUUGGCAACCAUGACUUGGAGAGGCAUACCGCAAAGUACCUGAGAGAUUUUGCUUUGUUUCCAAAGCAUUUGACGGAAGAAGGAGGCCGAUUGGAGAGCCUGACGGAGGCGGCCAUACUUCAGCACGCUGGCCUGGCUGGACUAGCGCAGGGCACCGCCGAAGAGUACUACAUACUCGCCGCUCAGCAGCUUGAUGGCUAUGGACACGAAACCUUCCUUGCUAAGGAUGAGUCUGGAAAUGAAGUUGUUAUUGGUGUAUCAUUGAGUGGCAUUGUUGUAGCUUCUGAAUCAAGUCAGGCAUCAAAGUUCUAUAGAUGGAAAGAUAUAACAAAUGUGAUCAAUCACAAACGACAUUUUGGCAUGGUAUGUCAAAGUCAGGAAGAUUCGGCCUCCUUCACAUUGAUCGAUGUUGAAACUGCCAAAUAUAUAUGGAGAAUGUGUGUACAUCAGCAUAAAUUCUUCAUGCAAAACGAGCAAGCAAGUGAUACCAGCAAUACUGCUCAGAUCGUCAGAAAUUUAUUUUCUCAAACUACUAAUGAGGAUGGCCCACUAGGAAGCAGCAGGGAGGAAUUGGACGGAAGAGAAGUGGGAAGUAGUAGUGGUGGUGGAGUGAGUGGUAGUGUAGGGAUGAUUGGGGGAGGGAGGGAUCAUGGUGGUGGUGGAGGAGGAGGUAUGUUAGGAGGGGGUGGAGGGGCAGGCACAUGGGAUGUGCAACGAGCCCAAUCCGCCUCUUGUCUCGACUUGGCUGCAUCGCACGAUCUCGAUAAACUUCGUUCUCUGUUGCCAUCCUACCGGCCUGCUCCAGACUAUGAGACUGCCAUGCAACAGCAGCAGAAAUACCACAGUCAACCGGGCAACAGUCUAAGGGGUGCUGUACUCUAUUCCAGCCAGCCAGAAAUCCAUCAAACCCAUCUGCAAGAGGGAGUGAGGACGUACCACAACGCUUACAAACACUACCCUGAUGUGGCCCGGGUCGAAGCAAUGUACAUUGAACAAUCCGCCGAUGAUCGACAGCAACAUACUGUGCCAAAUCUGCAUACUUAUAGUACGCCUGAUUUAGAGAGCCAAGUUGUGCAUGGCUAUCCAAUGCUGCAUCUGUACAAACCUCCGCCGCCAUACCCCAUCAACAGGCCGAGCAGCAACAGCACACCUGAUCUUGCUAGUCAGACUUUGGGCCCUCCCACCAAUGCUUUCAUUUCGGGACAG